AAAGGACUUUCGCUGAUUUUGCUGAUGGCAUAUCAAAAGCUUUCCAGAGAGCACACACACUACUGGAUAUUCCAAGAAGUCUUGUUCUUCUUUAUUGACUAUCCCAAGCAACUCUCGUAUACCUAUCAAAUGCAACCUUCUCACAGCGUCGGAGUGCCAUUUCCAAAGUAUUCCUACAAAGUAUGUUUCGCUUCACUAGUGUACGCCAAUCCAGCACAUGGAUGCGAACCUUUGAAAAAUAGGCUUGGACCAAAUCAAGUCGUCUUGUUAGAAAGAGGUGAAUGUGCUUUCGUGGAGAAAGUGAUCAAUGCGGAGAAUGCUGGAGCCUUGAUUGCUCUCAUCACGGACUCCCACUCAGCUUGGUUACCAUGUGGAUCUGAUCAAUGGUGUUGA